UGUGAUGGCGGGAUUCACGGAGCUCUCCGCGGGUGUUGCAGUCACAGAAACCACAGCUGAGAUCCAACAUGUCUGAGAGACACGGAGACUCUCUGCGCUUCUUCAUCAACGGGAAAAAGGUAACAGAGAACCAUGCCGACCCGGAGAUUAUGCUUUUAUCCUUCCUCAGAGAGAAACUGAGGUUGACUGGAACCAAGUAUGGCUGCGGAGGCGGAGGCUGCGGUGCGUGCACCGUCAUGGUGUCUCGCUAUCAACCGGCCACCAAAACCAUCAUACAUUACUCAGCGAACGCCUGCCUCCUGCCGCUGUGUCAGCUCCAUGGAGCCGCAGUCACCACGGUGGAGGGCAUCGGCAGCACCAAGACCAGGAUCCACCCUGUACAGGAGCGAAUAGCGAAGGCUCAUGGCUCCCAGUGUGGCUUCUGCACUCCGGGGAUGGUGAUGUCCAUGUACGCUCUGCUGAGGAACACACCUCAGCCCUCCAUGGACGACAUCACUCAGGCUCUGGCUGGCAAUUUGUGUCGGUGCACUGGAUAUCGCCCCAUUGUUGAUGGCUGCCGGACCUUCUGUCAGGAAACCAACUGCUGUCAAGCCAAUGGAGCCGGAAACUGUUGCCUCAACGCAGAGAAAGAUACUGAUGAGCCAGAGCAGGAAAAGCCACAGCUGUUUGAUAAGGAAGCGUUUGUGCCGCUGGACCCGACACAGGAGCUGAUUUUCCCUCCUGAGCUGAUCCUGAUGGCGGAGGCGUCGAACCCACAGACACUCACCUUUCACGGGGAGAGGAUGACCUGCGUGUUCCCUGCCUCUCUGGAGGAGCUGGUGCAGCUGAAGAGGAGCAGCCCCAAAGCUCCGCUGCUCAUGGGAAACACCAACUUAGGUCCAGAUAUAAAGUUCAAGGGUGUCGUGCAUCCGCUGAUAAUAUCCCCGACCAGAGUGACGGAGCUGUUCGAGGUCACUCAGACGCCACAGGGUGUUUGGUUGGGAGCAGGUUGCAGUCUGUCCGAGGUCCGCUCUCUUCUAGAGAAGCUGCUUCCUCAGUUUCCAGAGGAGAAGACCGAACUCUUCACAGCCAUGAUCCAGCAGCUGGGGAACCUGGGAAGCCAACAGAUCCGUAACGUCGCUACUCUCGGAGGCAACAUCAUGAGCGCGUACCCUAAUUCAGACCUGAACCCAGUUUUGGCUGCGGGGAACUGCAAACUGAGCGUCAUUUCCAGCGGAGGAAGACGGGAGGUUUCUCUGCAUCAGGACUUCUUUGUUAGCUUUGGGAAAACCGCUCUGAAACCUGAAGACAUCGUUCUCUCUGUUUUCAUUCCCUUUUCCAGAAAGGGGGAGUUUGUUCGAGCUUUUCGUCAGGCUCCCAGGAAGGAGAGCUCCUUUGCCACUGUGACAACAGGGAUGAGGGUGUUUUUCUCUGAGGGAUCUCGAGUGGUACAGGACGUCAGUAUUUAUUUUGGAGGAAUGGGAUCGACCACAGUGAGUGCUGCCAAAACCUGCGCAGCUCUCAUCAAGAGGCCAUGGGACGAUGACGUCCUCAGCCAGGCCUAUGACGUCCUCCUGGAUGAGUUGGUUCUCCCUCCCUCGACUCCAGGAGGGAAAGUUGAGUUUCGGCGGUCACUGACUCUCAGCUUCCUCUUCAAGUUUAACCUGGAGAUCCUCCAGAAGCUCAGAGAAAUGAAUGUGAUCACAGAUCAGCUUCCUGAGAAGAUGCAACCUUUACCCAGAGAGAUCCAACCCAGCCGGCAGGAGUUUCAGCAUGUGCCAAAGGACCAGAACAACCAGGAUCCAGUGGGCCGUCCCAUAGUGCAUCGCUCUGCCAUCAGCCAGGCCACCGGUGAAGCCGUGUACUGCGACGACAUUCCCAGAACAGAUGGGGAACUCUUCCUGGCUCUGGUCACUAGCUCUCGAGCACACGCUAAAAUCAUGGGGAUCGAUGUGAGCGAGGCUCUGCGGCAUCCUGGUGUCAUCGAUGUCAUCACAGCCAAAGAUAUUCCUGGGAAGAAAGUCCGUACGUUUUUGGGAUAUCAUGAGGAGCUCCUCGCUGAGACUGAGGUGUCGUGCAUCGGUCAGAUGUUGUGUGCAGUUGUCGCUGAUACGAGGGUGCACGCCAGACGAGGUGCAGCAGCCGUGAAGAUCAGCUACGAAGAUCUGCCGGAUCCCGUGUUCACCACAGAGGAAGCCAUUGAAAAAUCCUCUUUCUUUGAGCCACAGAGGAUGAUCAAGAUUGGAAAUGUAACAGAGGCCUUUAAAAGUGUUGAUAAUGUUUAUGAAGGCGAGGUUCGACUGGGCGGCCAGGAGCAUUUCUACAUGGAGACUCAGAGCAUGCUGGUGGUUCCUGUUGGCGAGGAGACGGAGAUCAACGCUUACGUCUCCACACAGUGGCCGACUUUAACUCAGGAUGCGAUAGCUGAGACACUGGGCAUCCCAUCAAACCGAGUCACCUGUCACGUCAAAAGGAUAGGCGGAGCAUUCGGAGGGAAGGUCACUAAAACCGCCAUCUUGGCUUGUAUCACCUCUGUGGCUGCAUGGAAGACCAAUCGCGCAGUCCGGUGUGUUUUGGAGCGAGGUGAGGACAUGCUGAUCUCGGGAGCUCGUCAUCCUGUCCUGGGAAAGUACAAGGUUGGUUUCAUGAAUGAUGGAAGGAUCAUGGCGGCAGACAUCCAGUACUACGCCAAUGCUGGGAACACUGUCGAUGAAUCUGUUCUGGUAAUUGAGAAGAUUCUGCUUCACAUGGAUAAUGCAUACAACAUCCCCAACCUGCGAGGCCGCGGCGCCGCCUGCAGGACCAACCUGCCCUCCAACACUGCCUUCAGGGGCUUCGGCGUGCCCCAGAGCGUCAUGGUUGUGGAGAACAUGGUCAACGACGUGGCUGCGUUGCUGGGACGCCCUGCUGACCAGAUUCGGGAGACCAACAUGUACAAGGGGGUGUCAGUCACCCACUACAAGUUUGAGUUCAGCCCAGAGAAUAUGCUGCGCUGCUGGGAGGAAUGUAAGGCCAAGUCUGACUACAGCGCCCGCCGCCGAGCUGUCGACCAGUUUAACCAACAGAGCCGCUGGAAGAAGAGGGGCAUGUCCAUCAUCCCCAUUAAAUUUGGCAUCGCGUUUGGGGAGAGCUUCUUAAAUCAGGCAGCUGCUCUGGUCCACAUCUAUAAAGACGGCUCUGUUCUGGUAACUCAUGGUGGGACGGAGAUGGGUCAGGGAAUCCACACUAAAAUGCAGCAGGUUGCCAGCCGGGAGCUUCACAUCCCGCCCUCUAAGAUUCACAUUAGUGAAACCAGCACCAACACUGUUCCCAACACCUGCCCCUCUGGUGCUUCCUUUGGCACAGACGCCAAUGGCAUGGCGGUCAAGGAUGCCUGCCAGACUCUGUACCGGCGACUGGAGCCAGUCAGGCAGAAGAACCCCAAAGGAUCAUGGGAGAGUUGGGUCCAGGCAGCAUUUUUCGAGAGAAUCAGUUUGUCAGCCACUGGAUUCUACAGAGGUCUGGACCUUUACAUGGACUGGGACAAGAUGGAGGGUCAGCCUUACGCUUACUUCACGUUCGGGGCGUGUUGCUGCGAGGUGGAGCUGGACUGCCUCACUGGAGACUUCAGGACUUUGAGGACGGACAUUGUGGUCGACAUCGGCAGGAGUGUGAACCCUUCUGUGGACAUCGGACAGAUUGAAGGAGCGUUCAUGCAGGGUUUGGGUCUCUACACUCUGGAGGAGUUGAAGUUUUCUCCCUCCGGGCUCCUGUACACUCGCGGCCCUUCCCAGUAUAAGAUCCCUGCAGUGUGCGACGUGCCGCUUCGCUUCAACGUCUAUCUGCUGUCAGACUCCCAGAAUCCCCAUGCCAUCUACUCCUCAAAGGGUAUCGGAGAACCCGUCCUCUUCCUGGGCAGCUCAGUAUUCUUCGCCAUCAAGGACGCCGUCGCCGCCGCCCGCUCAGAGUCCGGUCUCAGUGGCCCAUUUUCCCUGGACAGCCCAGCGACAGCAGAGAGGGCCUGUCUAGCCUGUGCCUCCCCGUUCACUCAGAAGAUUGCAGCCGACAAACCAGGAUCUUUCAAACCGUGGGCCUUAAACAUCUAAAACUGGAACUGAGAUAUUUCUUUUGUGAUCAAAGUACAUGAACUAAAUGUAACCUAUAAAAAUUAUCUGAUAUAGUUUCAUUUUUAAUACCAAAUAAGGGAUUUUAAAAUUUUCUACCAAUUAACUUGUAGUAGAUUUUAAAGUACAAAUCAAUGUUUUUGCUCAUGCAUCAGAAUAAA